AUAUUUCUAUUCUAUUUUCUAAAAAAUUAAUCCAGGUUACUCGAGGCUCUAUAGGGAAUCGUAUAUCAGUUCACUUUUUUCGAGCGCUAAAGACAAUAAAGACAGGCUAAUAAAGAGAGGACACCACGCAACUGCAUCAAAAAACGAGGGAUUGAGAGAACAAAGUGAAGGAGCCAUUGUAACUGUUCUGAAAUAUUCUAACGAAAAGUAGAAAAAAUGCUUCAAAGGGAUUUCGUCUAAAUUAAUCAAAGUCACUUAUCUUUACCGCUAUGGCUGUAAGCGCCGCAAAAUGUCUUUCUGCAUCGUUCGUACAUCUAUAGAGACACUUAAUUGCUCUCUUUACAACUGAGAAUAGACACAAAGAGGCUCGUUUCUGGUUAUAUUUAUUUUAAGCCUUGAUUUAAUUGUAUUGAUAAAAUCAACGUCGUAUAAUUUGGAAUGUUGUGUGAAAGACCGGGGAAUCGUCGUCUCACAGUUGUUAAUGAUAAGCUGAUAGACUCCGUGUUGACAGUGGCGAUGUAACACCUUUUUUUAAAAAUAUUUUUUCUCUUCUUUAUUUCCAAACCAAGUAUAUGAAGAAUAUGUGCAUAAGUGAGUCCGCUUUACUCUACUGGAGAAGCUAAAGAUCAGAGCUUUGACAUUUUCUUUUUCUUCUUUUUAUUCUAAUAAUAAAAACUUACACACAAAGUAUCGGAUUAACAAGUGAUGCAUGUUUCAGAUUUAAAAUCCAGUAAUCAUCAAGUUUAUCUUUGAUACAAACUUUUUUAUGCUUUUUUUAACGAAUUGAACGAAAAUAUGAUCUACGAAUUCUUGUUAAAAAAUACUUCCGUUAGAAACACUUCCCUUUGAAAAAAAUCAUCUGAAUAAAAAGGUUCGUUCUUCAAUAUUUCACGACCGGUAAUAUCUCCCUAACAUAUAGACAAAUCAGAACUUAUGGGUUUUCUAGAAUUGCUUUCCAGCGCUUAGAUGUACAACGGAUGUCUUUAAGUAAACAAAGGAAGACUGGUAUUGUCGGUGCUUUGAUGAUGAACUUUUAGUUAAGGAAAAACAAAACAACGACAACUCUUACAGGAAGUACACAUUUCUCUCGCUCUGCUAGUGAACACGUAAUCAGUAGAAUAAUGCAAUCUUAAAUUUAAUAACUAACAAAGUUAUUUAUACCCGCGUACAUGAUAUUAUAUAGUCUUGUACCAGAGUGUCAAUUGUAAGAUAAUAAUAUCCUUGGUCUAAUCUCGAGCGAUCGAAAAGUGAAAGGGCUUUACUCUGAACGAUCAGGAAAUGGAACUUUCUGGCUGUCUGAUGUAUCUUAAAUCAUAUAUAUAAGGACUGCGAUCCAAACAGUGACGUAGUUUGACGGUCACGGACGCGCGGAAUCGAGAAACGAUGAGGUGCAUCGUACUUUUUUGGUAAACAACCGUGCACAAGAGUCUUCCAAGAAACAACAACAACAAAAAGGGUUUCAGCUAGCCUCUACCCAAAUAGAACAAAAAAAAAACGACUACGAAGGGCCCAGGAUUAACAAGAACAUGAUGUGAAACAGGCAUACCAGAAAAGGGCGACCACGAGACAACAAGCAAACCAUCUUCCAAAACAUAACUAACAACUUGUACUAAGGGCGGGGAUAAACUGUGAAAGAGGCAAAGCAAGUGAGAGAUCUCAAGUAAGAAGGCGCAAUGAAUCGAACUUUAUUUGAUAACCUGACCUCAGCUGCUUUCGAGAUACCUGGCGGAAACAGCACUAAUGUUGCAUCUUCAUUCCGCGAAAUUAAACUCACACUAUACGUGAUUAUCUUUCUUAUCAGCGCAGUAGGAAACUCACUCGUCUGCAUCGUAAUCCUGAGACGACGGCGUAUGAAAACAGUAACUAACUACUUCGUACUGAAUCUAGCGAUAGCAGACCUAGCACUAACGUGUAUUUGUAUUCCAUUUGAUAUCCCUGUUCAGGAAAUGAACUACGUGUGGCCGUAUGGAGGGUUUAUGUGCAAGAUCCUAUACCCGCUGCAGACGCUAUCUUUAUUCGCGUCUGUGUUCACUUUGACUGCUGUCAGUUUAACACGAUACUGGGCAAUAGUACAUCCUCUAAGACAGCAACUUAGUGUGUCAAAUUCCAAGCGGAUAAUUGUAGCUAUCUGGGUUAUAUCGAUCAUUCCCGUGUCGCCUUACAGCUACGUCCUGAGUCACGAAGAUGGCAGCUUGUCUUGUGAAGAGAACUGGGGCGACACUUCUAUGCGAAAGGUUUACACCGCUGUUCUAUUUAUGUUUCAAUAUGUUCUCCCGCUCACGGUGAUCGCGGGCGCGUAUAUUGGGAUCGGUAUAGAGCUUCGGAAGCGGCAAACACGUGACAGGUCUGGUGGAUUGCGUGAUGUUCACGCGGAGGAGACAAGAAAGGUGUUACGUAUGCUGAAGGUUGUCACGGUGGUAUUUGCGGUGUUCGUAUUACCCACCAAUAUCAUGUGGCUCUGGUUGGACUUUGGCCAUGCUGAACAAGAGUACGACAGAUUCUGGGACCUCGUGGCCUUCUGCAACAUUGUGACGUUUGCGAACAGCGCCGCGAAUCCUAUUUGUUAUACAGUGCUUAAUGAGACGUAUAGAAAAGAGUUCAAGUCUUACUUGGUGCGCUCAUAUACAAGGACAGGCAGAGAGUUCAGUAGCAUGAAAGCCAAAUUUAGUCAGACUUCCGCGAACUUUACUCAGUUAAAAUCUAACAGGACUCAAACUGUUUCCUCUGCUGUCUAAGCUUCAAAGUACAUAUCUUGCUCAAAAUACAUAUCCUGCUAGUAGGCGUUUUGUAAUGAUUAUCGCAAAACAAAAAGAACAGCCUCGAGUGAUGGUCGCCACUAUCUUGAGUACCAUCUUGAGUAAAACAUGAGAAACUAGUGGGCGCCUGCAAACAGGCAAGAGAAUCCAUAUUUGGAGACCGGCCUACCAAGACUGCGCUAAAUGUAUAGGAUACCAAAAGUGCCAUUAAUAAUAUACAUGCACAAAUUUCUCGAUUCUGAUUGGCUGCGAGCUGUGCAAUUUUCAUGUAACACCAGUGCAGAAAGUUGUAAUACCAGUGCAAUUAUAUUUACAUUCAAAGUCAAAAUCCACGAAAAUUACUAUUUUCUUACACGAUAGGUACUGUAUCUUAUUCUACACAAUUUUCAAAACCUUUUUUGAUAAAAAACAAUUCAAACAUUAGAAAAAAAAAAAAAAGAGAGAAAUGCCAUGAAAAUCGUUAGGAAUUCGACCGCGGUGAUCCAAAAUUUCUCAGAUACUAAACAGAUACUAAUAAGAAACUAAACAGAUACUAACAGAAACUAAUAGCAAGUGAGAAACUGUGCGAUUAUCUAUACUAAUUCAUUUGGUUUCACUGAAAUACUAAUUUUAAAACCGUCUUUAGACCAUUGGCUUGCAUCGUUUACUUUAAAGAAUCAUUGCAAAUUCACCAAGGCUAAGUUGUACGUGAUUUGUGGUUAUUUGUUUAUUCGUUUUGCAUUCGUGGUGUAUUCGAAUACAAUGCCCUUAAGAAGUCUUAUUAAAGACGAAAAUUUGGCAGUGUCGAAUACCAGUUUUUGGUGUAUUGUACUUUUUUUCUUCUGGUUCACGAAUUUGGUCAUUUUGUAUUUAUUCGUGUUGUAUUCGCGUAUCUAUGUGUGUUCGUGACAUCCCUACUUGCGGCAAUUUAUCAAAUUGUUUUCUGAGUUAAGUUUUUUACCAUUAUAGCAAAAAAGAAAAUAAUGAUAAGAACAAUAAUUUGAUAUUUUUUAAGGAAGCAAAAUCAAAACUAGAAUAGGCUUAUGAAAUAUGAGCUAUGAACUGAAUAAAACAAAUUCAUUGCUUA